UUUGCGCAGAUGCGCGACCAGAAAGGGCGGGACGGACGUCUGAUGCCGACUGAAGUUACUCCUUCAACUACUUCUGAUCAGAAGGAGUAAACCCACAGGACUAAAAAUGGACUGGUUCCACUGUAAUCAGUGCUUCACAAGGAGAGGGUCGAAGUUUGUUGUGGCCAGCUGUGGCCACAUCUUUUGCGGAGCGUGCAUUCAAUCUAGGCAGUGCAGCGUAUGUGGAGCCAGCUGCAGUUAUCUGCCCAUCACAGAUGAGAUGAAACCACAGGAAAGGGUGUUUUUCAAGGACCCCAUGAAGCUCAUCCAAUCACGGCUGGAGAACAUAUCACAGAUUGCGCUUUUUCAGAAGACACAGAUGGAGAGAGUCACAGCCCACUUCAAGCGUAAGUCUGUUGAACUGGAACGACAUCUGAAGGAAGUCACUGAGCAGGGUUACAGGCAACUCUCCGAGCUGAAAAGAGAGAAUGCUGACUUAAAAAAGCAGCUAUCAGAGCUGAAAAGAGAGACUGCUGAGUUGAAAAAGCCACUUUCUCAGAGGAGGGUUUCUCCAGGACCGUUUCAAAUACAUGGUACUCAAAGGAUGUCACUCCCUGUGGCUGUCACCUCUCCAGUUACCCCUCGUUCAAGAACUAUGAGUCACUUAGGCUCUGCAGAGUCACAGGGCUGGGCCAGAGGUCCUAGUCUAUUCUCCCUCACAACUCCUGGAUCAGUGACGUCUAUUUCUAGCCAUAGUUCUCUUCAUGAACGUGUACGCAGAACGCCCACAUCCUUUAGCACCCCUACAAGAACUCCGCAUCAGACUCAAGUUUCCCAGCUCCAGUUUAUAAGUGGAAUAUCAAUACAUUCACCCAGGCAUUAAUGAAAUGGCCCCUAACAUAUCUGAGGACAAUUUGGUUACUUACAUUCAUCAGGACUGCCAUGUCUGAUGCAGAUUCAUUUUUCUACAUCGUUGAGUACAGGUAUUUUAUUUGUUCAGCUUACUGA